AGGGAGAGGAGGGAGGCGCGGAUCGCAGUGGGCUCCUUCCCUCGCAGCCCCCCCCUUCCCUCGCCCCCCCUCCCCUCUUCCCGAUGCUCUCCGAUGCGGUUGCACCGCCGGGGAGGAGAGGAGGAGGAGGAGGAGGAGGAGGAGGAAGGACAGCGAGGGGCGCGGGGGGAGCGGGGCCAGCCUGCGCGCUGCCGGCGGCGGGGAGCGGCGGGGCCGCGGGUGCGCAGCGAGCUCCGGCUCCGCGAGAGGAGGCUCAGAGGAUCCCCUGCUGACUCCAGGCAGAGGCGCAGGCAGCAACUGGAGGAACUGGGAGCCCCUCUCCCCAUCAGGCUCCGGAGCCAUGAGCAGCGCCGUGGUCCUCACCCACCUCCCAGACCCCAGCAGCAGCUUCAGGGAAGACGCCCCGAGACCCCCCGUCCCAGGAGAGGAAGGAGAAGCACCAUGUCUGACACUCAGCAGCUCGUUUCUCCCCAAAAGCCAAAGCUUCAAGGCCAUGCCGGUGCCUCCUGCCCCGCGGAGGAAUGAGAAUGGGCUCGGGGAGCCAGAAGGCAGCGCAUCUCCAGACUCCCCCCUGGCCAGAUGGACCAAAUCUUUGCAUUCCUUGUUGGGAGAUCAAGAUGGUGCCUAUCUUUUUCGGACCUUCUUGGAAAGGGAAAAAUGUGUGGAUACCUUAGACUUCUGGUUUGCCUGCAAUGGCUUCAGGCAGAUGGACCUUAAGGAUACCAAAACUUUAAGAGUAGCCAAAGCUAUAUACAAAAGGUACAUCGAGAACAACAGCAUUGUUUCCAAACAGCUCAAGCCUGCUACCAAGACCUACAUAAGGGAUAGCAUCAAGAAGCAGCAGAUAGAUUCUAUCAUGUUUGAUCAGGCACAGACUGAGAUUCAGACUGUGAUGGAGGAAAAUGCUUACCAGAUGUUUUUAACUUCUGAUAUAUACCUCGAAUAUGUAAGGAGUGGAGGAGAGAAUCCCGCUUACAUGAACAGCAAUGGACUGGGAAGCUUAAAAGUUGUCUGUGGCUAUCUCCCGACCUUGAAUGAAGAAGAGGAAUGGAGCUGUGCAGACUUUAAAAACAAAAUCUUGCCUUCUGUAGUUGGACUAUCCAGUAAGACGUUGAGGGUUACAGCGAAUGUCAGAGCUACGGAAACGAUGGAGAAUGGAUACAGGUCCUUCAAGAGGAACGACCCCAUUAACCCAUACCAUGUGAAUUCUGGCUACGUUUUUGCCCCAGCGACCAGCGCGAACGAUAGUGAAAUAUCUAGUGAUGCCCUGACGGACGACUCCAUGUCAAUGACGGACAGCAGCGUAGAUGGGAUCCCCCCGUACAGAAUUGGGAGCAAGAAGCAGCUCCAGCGGGAGAUGCAUCGGAGCGUCAAGGCCAACGGUCAAGUUUCUCUACCUCAUUUUCCGAGGACCCACCGUCUUCCCAAGGAGAUGACCCCGGUGGAGCCGGCCGCCUUCGCCGCAGAGCUUAUCUCCCGGCUGGAGAAGCUGAAGCAGGAGCAGGAAACCAUGGACAGUCUGGAGGAGAGGCUGCAGCAGAUCAAGGAGGAUGAGGAGAAGGAAGGCUUGGAGCUCCCUGCCAGCCUGCAGAGCAGUCGGGAGAUGGCGAACCCCCAGCACCCGCUCUCGCUCCUGCCCUCCGGCAGCUACGAGGAGGAUCCCCAGGCCAUCCUGGACGAGCAUCUCUCCCGCGUGCUGAAGACCCCCGGCUGCCAGUCGCCCGGCAUGGGCCGGCACAGCCCCCGCGCCCGCUCCCCCGACCGCCUGCCCCUGGGCAAGCUGCAGCCCGGCGCGGCCUCGCCGAUGGCCUGUGCCUUGGUGGGCAAGGGCUUCAUCACCAAGCAGACCACCAAGCACGUCCACCACCACUACAUCCACCACCACACCGUGCCCAAGACCAAGGAGCAGAUCGAAGCGGAGGCGGCGCAGCGGGUGCAGUGCUGCUGCCCGGCGGGCGGCGACUACUACUGCUACCCCAAGUGCAAGGGCCACCCGAAAGGCACGGACCCCCCUCUUCCUCUCCUGGAGCCCUUCGGCAGGACGGGGACACUGCCGAAAAGGCCGGGCAGAGGAGCGGAGAGCGUCGCCGUGCCGGCCGGGGAUGGGGGGCUGCCCGGCCCCGGUGGGGUGCAGCUCCCGGGGGGCGAGGCGGACCGGGCACAGAACGUCUGGCAGUGGAUGCUGGAGAGCGAGAGACAAAAUAAGCACAAGCCCCACAGCACACAAAGCACAAAGAAGGCCUACAGCUCCGACUUCGCCAAGGGGGCCCCCGGCCGCCACCACCCCUGGGGGAGCGGCAGCCACCCCCGCGGGGUGCAGCCCGCGCACCCCUUCGUGCAGGACCCCGCCAUGCCGCCGCUCACCCCCCCCAACACACUGGCGCAGCUGGAGGAAGCGUGUCGCCGCCUCGCCGAGGUCUCCAAACCCCAGAAGCAACGAUGUUCAACCUCAAAUCAGCAGAGGGAUCGAAACCACUCCGCUGCUGUUCAGGGGGGAAACGCCCCUUUCUGCAGUGCCAUUCUAACAACAGAAGAUCACAAAGAGCCAAAGAAACUGCCACUUGUUCACACCUCUCAGUCUACUGAGUUGGUUGUCACCUAUUUUUUUUGCGGAGAAGAAAUUCCCUACAGGAGGAUGUUAAAGGCCCAGAGCCUGACACUUGGGCACUUUAAAGAACAGCUGAGCAAAAAGGGAAAUUACAGAUACUACUUCAAAAAAGCAAGCGACGAGUUCGACUGCGGCGCGGUGUUUGAAGAGGUUUGGGAAGACGAAACCAUCCUGCCCAUGUACGACGGGAGGAUUCUCGGGAAAGUGGAAAGGAUCGAUUGACGGCGUCUGUGUUUCUUAAAAGUUAAGCUAGAAAGGUCUUUGGACACACAACAGUAGUGAUGACAAGAAAAAUAACAAAACCGAAGGAAAGUUUUGAACCAAUGAAGAAAAAUAGUGAAGUCUACGAAGACUUUGCUGGGUUAGCCUUAGAGGAAAAAAAUGGCAUUUAUUAUUCAUGAGUUGGGUACUGAGAUGAUAAAAACCCUGAACUAUUUAUUAAAAACAUGACCACUGUUGGCUAUUAGAGAUGCAGGCCGUGUUUGAGAGACUUCCAUACAUAAUAUAUGAUUUCCUGGGGAUCUGAAAUCUAUGGACUAAGAGAAACUGUGUAUAGCUUACCUUAACAUUAAUCCUUAUUGAUAUUUAUUGAACAGUCUGUUUUCCCUUAAAUCCAGUUUUUGGAUAUGCUGCUUUAACAAUGGAGAAGAGAUGGGCUGGGAAGGGGGGUGAUGGGAGGAAGGAUUAGUUUUUUUUUUUAUAUUGUUCCCACUAUUGAAAAUCGAGGAGUUUGGCUACGAGCACAUUUGUGGGGUUGUUAGUUGGUUUUUAAGGGGGAGGAGGGAAGGAGUGACAUUUUGCCCAGUAUUCCUCCAGGUGAAGAGAAGACUUUUCUAAAGAAAUAAUAAUAAUAAUUAAAGCCGAAAUAAAAAUACUGUCCUACCAUUCAUCUAGAGCCCGGUGCAUUUUAAUCUAUGCUGCUCUAAUUUGAAAUAAAGGUCUUAAGCGUUAAGUGCGUUAGAUGCAAUAGAACAACAGCAGCUUGUUUUGUCCACGGAUUUCUGCGGUGUGAGGUGUUUGCUGCUGUCAGGGCAAGGGCCUGGAGAGCUGCAGAAACAGCCGCUGAGCUCCCAUUGCUGUAGUUAUCACACCAAAAGGACACGCUGCAAAAGCCAGGUUAAAAGAAAAUGAAAAGGUAAAGUGCGUAUUCCACAUAGCUAGCUCAUUUGGUUUAGCCGUUCUACGUCAGCGUUGGCGCAACUCCUAUUUCAAGGACGUGUAUCUGCGACGGGGUUUCCAGAUGCACGUGGUGACGUGCAGUGGGUUUGCUUGGCUUGUGGGGUUAGUUUUGUUUUGGCCUUAACCUUCCCGAGCCCCACGUGGGGGCUCCUCAGAGCUGGGGGUGUGCGCGUGUGGGGAGCUGGCAUUUCUGCAGUUGGGGUUUGUGUUGAUUAAGUUAAUCUGUGCAUUCUGUUUGCCGUUGCUACUUUGUAUAUAAGUCUGUAUAUAUUGUAGAAAAAAAGAAGAGAAUGUAUGGUGAAAAUAUUAAUACACUAUCUCUAGUGUUUUUUAAAUUGAAUCAGUACAGUACCUGUGCCUGCAUGGAGUUACGAGACCAUGCGUCGCCCUAUAUUCAGGGUUCAAGCUUUCCCUUGUUUGUUUAAGGGGUUUAUGUAUAAAUAUAUUUUAUGCCUUUUAUUACAAGUCCUGUACUCAUGACUUUUGCCAUGGCAUUUUGUUCUACUUAUACUGUAAAUUAUGCAUUAUAAAGAGUUUCAUUUAAAAAAAAAAAUUACUUGGUACAAUAAUUAUUGUAAUUAAGAGAUGUAGCCUUUAUUAAAAUUUUAUAUUUUUCAAAUUAA